AUGGGUGCGAGCGUUCCGGAGCGUCUCCCUCGUGAAGUCGGCACCCCACUCCCCUUGUCGCCCCUCGUACCCCCGGAGACAUACACCUAUGACUACAUAAUCGUCGGAGGCGGUACUGCAGGAUGCGUUCUGGCGUCCCGACUUAGCGAAGACCCCGGCGUUUCGGUGCUCGUCAUCGAGCAAGGACCAGUCUCAAACACCUGGGCAUCCAGAGUCCCGCUCAUCUCCGGCAACAUCUACGACAAAAGCAACCUCUCGACCAAGCUCUGGUCUCAGCCGCUGCGACAUGUUGACAAUCGCUACUUGGAGGUCAUCUACGGCCAGGCACUGGGAGGCACGACGCGUGUGAACGGUAUGCUUUAUACUCGAGGCUGCCCCGGCGACUACAACCAGUGGAAGGCUCUGGGGAACGACGGCUGGGGAUACGAAGACCUCGAGCCGUACUUUGCCAAGUCGGAGAAGUCCCACUCCCACCCAGAGUCUGCGUUCCGCGGGAAGAAGGGCGUCUGGGAGAACCGCAACUUCGCCGAGUCUCCGUACAAGAUCAUCGACUAUGUUGACCGCGCGAUGCACAAGUCUGGGGUGCCACGCAUCGAAGACGCCAACGCGCCUGAUGUCCCCGCGGCGCAUACCGCGUUGCUCGAUGUCAUCCAGGAUUCCGGCUACCGGCGGCACUCGGCUUUCCUUGCGUUCCUCCCGCCUAAACUGACUAUCUGCCCGAACUCGGUCGUCUGCCGCGACGGCGUACGCGCAACAGGAGUUCACUUCGAAACGCUGAACUCCCGCAAGGCGGACUUUCGCUACGUGGCGAAAGCGCGUCGAGAGGUCAUCGUGUGCGCCGGCGCGAUCGGUUCCCCGCAAGUACUCAUGCUGAGUGGUCUUGGGCCGAAUGCUCACCUAGAAGAGAAAGGCGUAGCGGUCGUGGUAGACCUUCCCGCCGUCGGCAGCCAUCUGUCAGAUCACAUGGGUGUCCCCGUCGCAGUCGAGGUACCCAUCGAAGACUCGCUACACAUCCUCGAGGUCAGCCCCGUCAAGGCCGUUUUGGAGCUGCUCAAGUACCUCACCGUCGGCGGCGGUUCGCUCGCGCGGCCCUUCCAAAACAUAUCCUCCUUCUUCCCCUCGCGCCUGGUCGGACCCGAGCACACCAUCGCCACCGCACCCGCUGCGGCGCUCGACGCGACCGUCCCUGCGAACCGGCCCGACAUCGAGCUCAUGCACCUGACGAACAACUGCGCCGACAUCGACACGGACGGCAUCGGCGUCUUCACCCUCAUGGUCACGCUCAUCCGCCCACGCUCCGAGGGCACCGUCCGGCUCGCGACCGCCAACCCGCGCGCGCGCCCGGACGUCGACCUCAACUACCUCGCAGACCCAGCCGACUACGAACCGGUCCGGCGCGGGGUCCGCUUUGCGCUCCGCGUCCUCGACGACGUGCGCGCACAGGGCUACCCGGUCAAGCGCGACCUGCAGGUCCCGCCAGAUGGGGGCAAAGACGACGCGUCCCUCGAUGCCGUGGUGGACACUGCGCUGCGGGUGCAUGGGGUGCAGGGGCUGCGGGUGUGCGACGCGUCGGUGUUCCCAGAAAUCAUCGGCUCGCACACGAUGGCGCCGACGGUCGCGGUGGCGGAAAAGUGCGCGGACUUGGUGAAGGCGGCGUGGCCUAGACACUGGAUGUGUUCUUGA